UGAAGCCAUGAUCUUGCGGAUCGAGCACAAGUCGAAGAAGAUUGAGAACUUGCUCAAGCAAUCGAAGCCGGUUGAGGCGCUGAAGACUGCUCUGGAGGGGUCUCCAACGAACACGAAGGAUCAGCGAUGCAAGUCGGCUAACUGGAUUGUGGUGCAUCGAGCAAUGAUGGCCAUUAGGGACGUAGAUGGCAUGUUCUCUUCUCUGGACCCGGAGUACUACGACAUUCUCAUGAACAGUGAAUGGAAAUUUAGUGUAGCAAAAAUUACAUACAUAUCACACAAUUCUUAUGUAUUUACAUAUCUGACACUCAAAUUUUAAUAUUUGGCUACAUAG